GUUUAAGUCCUCUCAAAUGUCUGAUAUGUGUGUCGUUUUGAAAGAAUAAAUAAUGUUGUCAUUGUUGCCUGUUGGGUGUACAAUGGCAGCGAUCCUGCCUCCUGCUGCAAAGGUUCUAAGUAUCAGUCCCGGUAGGGGCGUUUCUGCGAGUGUUGAACCCAAACAUUUGGUGUUCUUAAUAAACAAAGUUAUGGUUAUACCAUAAUUCAGUUUCCAUAGUUCGGGAAUCGUGACUAAAAAUUAUAAGACAUGAAGCUGCCACGAGUUUUCGACGCUGGCACCGUCCCUCUGAAGCAGACCACCGUGAUGUCUCGCCACGACCAGUACUCCGUGGGGGAGACCACUGGUGGGCUAAGCGUCCUCUUCACCGUGCUAUGCAUUGUCGACCUGUUUGGGGUCUUUCCAGUGGUGACAUUACCGAAGAGCAUAAUAUCAUGUGGCAUAUAUGGAGUACCUCUCGUCGUAUUCGUGUUCGGUCUGCAGCUAUACACUGCCGUGUUGCUCGGCCGCAGCUGGCUACUGGCCCAGGAACUCACGCCCUGCAUCAGAGAAAAGAUCAGAUAUCCAUACGCCGCAGUCGCCGAGCUGGCGUUCGGACAGCCGACAAGGAAGUUGGUCACAUUCCUGAUCGACGCCACAGUGUUCGGUGCUGGCAUACCAAACUUCAUACUCGCGUCACAGAGCCUCCAGCUGUUUUGGUGGAAGAUAUCAGGAGGUGAGAUCGGGAUCACGUACUGCGUGUGGAUGUUGGUGAUAGCUUUGCUGUUGUGCCCCGUGCUGUGGCUGGGCUCGCCCAAAGACAUGAAGCCGCUAGCUCUCCUGUCCGUGGUGAUCGUAAGCACGGUAGCCAUGUCCACAUGGAGUUGCAUCAUCACGGACGACGUGUCACCGCCGAGCGCGGGCGGCGUGCUGGCCAUACAACCCACGCUGCAGGACUUUCUUGUAGCCUACGGAAUCAUAGCUUUCCAGUUCGACAUCCACCCUUUACUGCUGACCAUUCAAGUAGACAUGAAGGACAGCAGACGCAUCAAUACCGCAGUCAUAGGAGGGUUCGCGAUAACAAGCUUCUUGUUUGCAGUCACCACUAUAUUGGCUGCCAACAGAUACGGAGAGGCAGUCGACAACAAUAUACUGCAGGGCAUUCCUCCAUCGGUGACGUUGUUCGUAGUAGCGCUACUGGUGACUCUACAGCUAUGUUUAUCCAGUGCAGUCGGGAACAAUGCACUCUUCCAACACAUAGAAGACUUGCUGAAGAUACCUAGAGAGUUCUGCAUGCGGCGUUGCCUCCUCCGGUCUGGAAUCGUCGCUUUGGCCGUGUUUCUUGCAGAAUCCGUUCCACGUUUCGAUCUAGUCAUGGGUUUAGUAGGAUCCACAUUGACAGGCCCGCUAAUGUUCAUCUUCCCCCCACUUUUCUUCCUAAAACUAUGCUACAUGAAGUCGCAAAUUAAUUACGGAUCACAGGCUAAUAAUAACCUCUCAAAUGGCGCCUUAUCGACUACGCAAAAUGGCGCCCGACGAAAUGGCGGUAACGAUUUCCCGCUCAUUUUUGAGAACGCACUUAUUUCAGAAACCAAGUACAAAACGUUUAGUUACUCUAAAAUAAAAGAAGAUGUGGACGAAUAUAACAUUCAAUGGUAUGAUGUUCUAUUGGCUGUUUUGGUUAUGUUGAUGGGUAUAAGUGCGACUUUAGUUGCGACGUAUUCUAGUUGGUCUGAUACUAUCUCUUAUGCUACUUUCUCGCCUCCGUGUUUGGUGAACGCUACUAUUGCAGCACGAAGCUUUUUACAGACUGUGCCGUCGUGA